GUCAGAAGGCGACAUCCUUUGCUAAAAUGGCGGAUAUAGAUCUAAAUAUUGACAGCCUCAUUCAACGACUCCUUGAAGUCAGAGGAUGUCGUCCUGGCAAGUCAGUCCAGAUGAGCGAGGCCGAAGUGCGCGGCCUUUGCCUUAAGUCCAGGGAAAUAUUCUUGCAACAACCAAUCUUACUUGAGCUGGAAGCGCCCUUGAAGAUCUGUGGUGACAUCCACGGGCAGUACACAGACCUUCUGCGGUUGUUUGAGUACGGAGGGUUCCCUCCCGAGGCCAACUAUCUGUUCCUUGGUGACUAUGUUGAUCGAGGUAAACAAUCCCUGGAAACCAUCUGUCUGCUGCUGGCUUACAAGAUUAAAUAUCCGGAGAACUUCUUCCUUCUGCGAGGAAAUCAUGAAUGUGCCAGCAUCAACAGGAUAUAUGGAUUUUAUGAUGAGUGCAAACGAAGAUACAACAUCAAGCUGUGGAAAACAUUCACAGACUGUUUCAACUGUCUGCCGAUUGCAGCCAUCAUUGAUGAGAAGAUCUUCUGUUGUCACGGAGGUCUGAGUCCCGAUCUGCAGGGAAUGGAGCAGAUCAGACGCAUCAUGAGACCCACAGACGUUCCUGAUACAGGUCUGCUGUGUGAUCUUCUAUGGUCUGACCCGGACAAAGAUGUCCACGGCUGGGGAGAGAACGACCGCGGUGUCAGCUUUACUUUUGGCGCGGACGUUGUCAGCAAGUUCCUUAACAGACAUGACCUUGAUCUCAUCUGCCGAGCUCAUCAGGUUGUUGAAGAUGGGUAUGAAUUCUUCGCAAAAAGACAGCUGGUUACAUUAUUUUCUGCUCCAAACUACUGCGGUGAAUUUGACAAUGCAGGCGGCAUGAUGUCUGUGGACGAAACCCUUAUGUGUUCCUUUCAGAUUCUGAAACCAUCAGAGAAGAAAGCCAAGUAUCAGUAUCAGGGGAUUAACUCUGGACGUCCCUCAACACCCCAGCGUAACCCCACUAAGAAGAAAUAAACCGACCUAAUGAAAUGUCUACUGAGGGAUCACAACAGCUAAUCUGGCUUACCUGCUAAAGAAACUUGAAUUUUACUUACUAAGAGGAUUUCAUUUUAUUCAUUGCACCUCUUAAUAGAUUUUUAAAACUAAUUUUCAUUUUUUAUUCUCUAAAGCAAAUCGUUACUUGUCUUGCUAACUUGUGUCGUUGAUAAAUAAUUCUAAAUAAAGCUAUUUAUCACUUGUUCAAAACUGACACAAGAAUAUUUAAGGCAAGUAAUAUUCAAUGUGGUUUUUAUUCCAAGUGUUAAUAGUGCAUUUUAAUUUGUGUUUGUUAAUUUAAGUAACGCAAUGACUUCAAACCUCUUCUAUAUCUGUUACGUGUUUUGUCCAUAUAUUUAUCAUAGCCAUUUCAUUUCCUUAUCAUCUGAAUGUAGAUUCUUUGUGUACAUUGUUAAAUAAGUUAAGUUUAAAUAAAAUGUUAAAUUUUUCUCAGAUGUAAAAAUGUAUCGAAAUUGAGCAAGACGCCAAAGAGUGCAAAAAUAAAUAUUUCUUUUAUCAUUAUUGUAAAUAAUUUAACUAACUCGUGUGGAGAUGUAAAUUAGUAUACGUAUUAUUUUGUUAAUUUAUUUUUAUUCUUAAUAUUGUAAGUGGCGUUCUUCUGAGGAACUUGUAAUAAAUUUCACGGCACUAGCCGAGUUGAGUGAAAAGUUCCCCAAUAACUAGAUCUGUUAAGUUUUCAAAAGUAUUUUUUUUUUCACUGAAUUAUCAAGACCUAUGCCUUUGUUAUUAGGUCAGAGUCAACAAACUUAUUGUAAUUGUUGCCUUCAUUGUAAAUAAUAUCCAAUAUGUCUAGCCAUUCUUUGGUUUCUAAUAAAUAUCAAGACAAAGCACCAAUAAACAAAAUAAAUGUGUUUUAUUGUAAUACCUCUGUUGUCAUUUGUACACUUUGGAUAAGGUGUCAUAAAUUAAUUUUUUAACUUAUAUCAUGUAGUAACAACCUGUAAUCCUAGAAUUAUUUUUUGUUAAAUAUACCAGUAAGAUUGGGGAAUCAAAAAUAUGGUAACAAUGUAGGAAUAUAGUAGAUUUAAUGAGAAGGAAUUGGUCACUCUACUUAGCAUAUAUUUUUUCAGACGGAACUAGAUUCCAAAAAGUUUUACUGCAAGCGAAUGCUUAUAGGGUGUAACGUGAUUCCUUUAAAUGAGUUUAUUUUCUCUGACUAAUAAUUUAUGGAGCCUUUAGAUAAAGUAUUAGUCCAAUGAAAAAUCACACAUAAUUUUCUUUAAAAUUGUAAUUGUUUCUAGAAAUGUAUAAGUGUGUUUCAGAAACUAAAAUAUUUACUUAUAUUCAUUCACUAUAAUGGUUGUAGAUAGUUUAAGGUUCCUUUUGUUUUCCCACAAUAAUUAAACCUAAAAAACUCAUCCUGAAUUUUUACUUUAAAAUCUAUUACUUAAAAGACUAAAUAAUUUCCUCAGUACUACUAUUUCUUCUAAAUAAUACUUUAGAAGUUGGCAUAAAUUUACUUGUGAUUCUCAUUGUUGCUUUGAUAAUUUUUCUCUGUUGAUGUUUUUGAUGGUUGGUGUUAAGAGCUUCAUUGUUACCUACAGUGGUUCUCAAAAUGUCUCUAAACACGCAACUGACUGAUCAAAUUGACCAAAAAGUAUUGAACUAUAGUCUACUCCUUUUACAAAAUAUAGGCGGUUUUAAGGGAAGAAAUCCUCCCCCCCCCCCCCAUGUCUUGAUCAGCCAUUAAAACAGUACAAAUGAGAUGUCCAUUGGUAUAUAAAAUAAAUAAAUAAAAAAAGCUGAGAUUUUCAAAACGUCAAUCAGCUGCAACAUACAUUAAGCCAAAAAAGUAGUGGGGGAACUUCUGCUCACACCGCCUAAAUUUUGUGAACGGAUUGUAGGCCUGAAGUCAGAAAUUGAUGUAUUUCAGUCACCACUGGCUUGUCUAAAAGACUUAACUCUAAUGGUACUUUUUCUGUUACCUGAGAGAUAAGUUCUGUUGUUGAGAUUUUUAUCAUAAAAAUAUGUUUUAAUCUGAUCAUCUAAAACCACUUGAGCUAACUAAAACAUUAAAAAGUGUUUUUGCUACACCAAAACCAUGCAGAACUGAUCAACAUUUUAGUAUUAACAUGCUUGAGAUAUCCUACAUAUUCAUGUUUGUCUAGACAUUUAAGAGAAGUUAAAAGAGAAAUUUGUUGGCUUUUAGCAUCAAGUGCUUCUCUUGAAUGUUCAUAUCACUUGCAUAGUAUUGUUUUUCCUUAAUUUACCAGGUCUUGAGUCACUUAAAAUAAUUUUCUGAGAGGGGAUAUCUGAGGUUGAAGAUGUUGGAUUUACACACAUGUGGGAACCAUUGUAGAAUGUUACAUAAACAUUUCUAAAUAUUUUCACUAAUUGAUUUUUCAUCGAAUUUGAGACUCUUUAAAAGUGUUUUGGAAAACAAAAGAAUUAUUUUAAUCCAUCAGAAAAUCAAUUUCGCCUUGAGUUUCUGAUUUAGCUAUAUAUAAAUGUAGACCGUUUAUUCAGUCCAUCCUAUAUAAUACACUAACAAUGGAUUUAACAACUUUUAUUUUCAUAUUACGUUAGUUAUUUAUUUGUGGCUGUUAUUCCACUGCAAUACUCUAGAUGUAAAUAAAAAAUAACUAGGCCUAUCGGUAAUAUCAUGCAGUUUUCAACAUUUGAAUUGUUUCAAAUAUCUCUACACACUAUUUUAAUCAGUUUGUUUAGUGUUUUAAACAUUGUUUACCAAGUAAAAAUAUUUAUUUCAGUCAAAUAGUCUUGCUUUUCUAAAGCACUUGUAACAAUGUAAAAUAUUUAGUAUCCAACUUAAUACUGAAAUAAAGUGUGUAGUUUAAAAAUUCAUUUUAAUUUUUUAUUAUAAAUACGGUGAGUAAUUAAUUAAAUUGU